CGGAUCGACGAGUUGACCGGCGAUGAGAUACACGACAUUAUCGUCAAAGCCGCGCAAACUAGCGGCGGAUCAAAUUGUGAUAAUAAUAAAUAUAAGCGACUCUUAGACGAGGAUCAGCUAAAUCGCGUCCGUCUGGAGGGCCGGGCGUUCAGUGAGUUCACCGAAACGGCGCCGACAUUCGCGCCGACCUAUAAAUUCUUUGUCAAUACCGAUGAUUACGACUAUAAGUCACGUAAGCCGGCCUUCACUGACCGUAUUUUAUACCGCUUUACGGCCAACGCCUACGAGAAUACGACACUUGAUUUACAACAACUCAAUUAUACAUCUCAUCCGCAAUACAAACAAUCGGAUCACAAACCGGUGUCCGCUCUCUUCCACCUCAAGACACGACAAUUAGUGCUGCAGUCGAUACGCAAGAAG